AUGCGUCCUUCCGUGCUCAUCGUCCCUGGGGCUUGGCAGCUGCCCGUCGCCUUUGAUGCUCUGAAGGCGGAUUUGUCUACUACCUUCCCUGAGGUUUCCGUGGUUCCUCUGCCGACUGUCGGAGGGACUUCCACACCCCUUCCAAGUCUCGGUGACGACGUUGAAGCUGUUCGUACUGAGCUGGACCGUUUGGUUUCAAAGGGAUCAAAUGUUGUUGUCUACAGCCACUCGUACGGUGGUGUAGUAGCCAGCAACGCCGUCGAGGGUUAUGAUACCAAGACUAGAAGUGCAGCGGGCAAGACUGGUGGUGUUAUCAGCGUGGUUUUCGCCAGCGCUUUCAUGCUUCCCAAGGGUCAGAGCCUACUUGGUCUGCUUGGUGGCGAGCCGCUUCCGUGGAUGAUUGUCGAGGGUGACCGCGUCGUGGGUAACGCCACCAUGCUCCCCGAGGUCGGUUUCAACGACCUUUCAGCCCAAGAUGCUGCCUACUGGGCCACCAAAAUGACCUACACGGCUCUUGGUGCUUUCGUCAACGUUUCCUCUUUCGAGCCCUGGUCAAACGGUAUUGACUGCAGGUACAUUUUUGCCACCGAGGAUAACGCUCUGCCAUUUGCCACGCAACAAGGCAUGGCUUCUCAAAUCCCCAACUUGGUGAGCGCCACCGAGCCUAGCGGUCACUGUGCUCACCUCAUCGAGCUGCAGCUCGGUCAGAUCGAUCUGUUGCUAGCCAUGUACCCGGAAAGCACCACGAUUGACGUUGACAACCAUCACCGACUUGAGGUUGUACGUUCGUGCGUCGAUGGGAACUUGGCUAGCGACACCAAACUCCCCGCUACCCUAUCGCUAAUCCUAAGUCUGGACCUGGCCAAAGUCAACUCUGGCGCGCAACUCGACUUGGAAAUCUCUUUUCCCUUUACGCAAUCAGACGACUCAAUCGAACCCCCACCACCACGUGCCCGAAUCCUACAACCAACGUGGCUCAGCAAGGCCGACACGACAAACCUCAACACCAGCUUGACCCAAGACCUGCUGACAGAUCUCGACAAGGGCGCAAUCGAGACCCACGUGACCCAGAUGUUGGCGACGCUACUGACCGCCGACCCCAAACCCACCAAGACCUCAGAUCAGCCCAAAGAUCUCGUCCGCGUCUGGUUUUACUUCCCUUCGAUCAGUACUCGGUCCAAGCGUGACGAUCUUGUGGAGCACGCCCCACGCCAUGGUUUGACGGGUUUUUUGAUAUCCGGAAAGCCUGGAAUGCUAUGCGUCGAGGGAAUCCCAGAAGACAUCGACGCCUACAUGCGCUUCGUACGAACUGAAUCGUGGCGUGACAUACCUGCCGCCCACAAAAAGGUGAGCGAGCGGUUGAGGGAGGUUGGAGUGCACAGGGUAUUUGACGACAUGCGUGAGGUGGAUUGUGGAGAUAUGGGUGGGGAGAGGAGGGGCGAAAGGGCGAAUCGACUGGAUAUGAAAGCUUUGGAAAUUUGGCUUGUUGGGAAAGGGGUGGGGGAUGCGUUCGGAAAGGUGUUUAUGUGA